GCUCGGGUCCUCCCGGUCCCCUCCCCUCAGCGGGGCGGUGGUUGGCGGCACGCGAUGGACCUGGCCGGACUUCUCCUGGAUGAGGAAGGCACCUUCUCCCUUACCGGCUUCCAAGACUUCACGUUCCUCCCUGGACACCAGAAGCUGAGUGCCAGGAUUCGAAGGAGACUCUAUUAUGGCUGGGACUGGGAGACCGACUGCAGCCUGGAGGAGCUCUCCAGCCCCGUGGCAGACAUUGCGGUGGAGCUGCUCCAGAAGGCAGCCCCUAGCCCUGUUCGCCGACUCCAGAAGAAAUAUGUGGCUCAUGUGUCACGGGAGGCUUGCAUCUCCCCAUGUGCCAUGAUGCUGGCCCUGGUGUACAUCGAGCGCCUCCGGCACCGAAACCCAGACUACCUGCAACACGUGUCAUCCUCCGACUUGUUCCUGAUCUCCAUGAUGGUGGCCAGUAAGUACCUCUAUGACGAAGGCGAGGAGGAGGAGGUCUUCAAUGAUGAAUGGGGAGCUGCUGGGGGUGUGGCAGUAUCCACUCUGAAUGCCCUGGAGCGGAGCUUCCUGCGUGCCAUGGACUGGCGUCUCUACACAGAUCCCCGGGAGAUCUUUGAGGUGCUGAGCUGGCUGGAGGGCUGUGUGGCUGAGCAGCAGGGACGGCGGCGGGGCUGGUACACCUACACAGACCUGUGUGUGCUGCUGGAGCAGCCAACCUGGCAGCUAGCCCUGGGCUCCCUCUGCCAGCGGCUGGUAAAGCUGUCCUGCUUGUUGGCAAUGGCAUACGUGAGCAGUGUGGCCUUGGCCGUGGCAUCAGUGGCGGUCAUGCACCAGUCCUUAGUACUGUCUUGCAGCCCUGCACCUGGUCCUCCCAACCUUGGAUUGACCUCCAGGUGCCUUUUGGAGCCCUGUACUCCUUCUCCUUUGCCGCAGUGCCUACCGCCUCCUUCUAACAUCUCCAACUGCCUCGGAGGUGACAUGGGACUGUGUUUUCUCUGGGGCAGUCUUCUGGCCCCCCUGGCUCCUCCUCCGCUGCCUCCCCCAGAACCUCCUGCCCCUCCCACUGUUCUUUAUAACUGCCUCCUUUGCCAGAAGCUCCAGAGAGACUCCCCAGUUUGCCAGGCCUGCCACCAUCCCAAUCACACGCUUGCCACCAGACCUCUGAUCACUGGGUACCAUGCGCCUGGCCCAGCCCUGGCCUGGCCCUGGAGCCCAGAACCUCCACCACUUGCCCAGUCCCAGCAGUGUUCAUUGUACAGUGUCAUGGAGCUGUCCCGCCUCAAGUCUUUUAUUUUUCCAGGCUAGGUAGGUCUCCAAGGAAUGCCUUAUGAGGAUUUGGGAGUCUCUUAAGAACCUGGAGGAGCAAAGCUUGACUUCGAGCCUCCCUACCUCUUUGGGUCCUUGGCUGGUCCCCUGUCCUCCUGGGGAGGAGCUAACAUGAUUAUGGGGCAGAUGGACUUAAGGUCAUUAGGUGGGUCACCCCUGCACCUCAGAGGCUGGCUGGCUGCCUGGCCAGGCAGUGAUGAUGCCAAGGAAAGCUCCAGCGCGGUGACCACCAGCAUGCCACAGAUGAACAGAGGAAAGACUCCAGCUUGACCUCCCCUGGGCUCUUCUAAACUUCUGCUUUUGAGUUCCCUAGGUGGGAGG